AUGAAUGAAUUCGUCCGUGGCCAGAUUUUGGGCUCCACAUUCGAGGUCACCAGCAGAUACACAGAUUUGCAGCCUAUAGGAACAGGUGCUUUUGGACUAGUCUGCUCCGCAACUGAUCAAUUGACUGCACAGCCAGUUGCCGUCAAAAAAGCUGUGAGGCCUUUCAGCAGCCCAGAUAUCUCCAGACGGACAUACCGUGAACUGAAGCUCCUAAAGCACCUGCCACAUGAAAAUGUUAUUACCUUGAGUGACAUUUUCAUUUCUCCUCUUGAGGACAUGUACUUCGUCACAGACCUCCUUGAUACCGAUCUUCACAAACUGCUUCUUUCUAGACCACUGGAGAAGCAGUUCAUCCAGUAUUUCCUAUAUCAGAUCCUGCGGGGACUGAGAUAUAUCCACUCAGCAGGUGUGGUUCACCGCGACCUUAAGCCCAGUAAUAUCCUCGUGAAUGAGAAUUGUGAUCUCAAGAUUUGCGAUUUCGGACUGGCUCGUAUCCAGGACCCGCAGAUGACAGGAUAUGUUUCAACCAGAUACUACCGUGCACCUGAAAUCAUGCUCACGUGGCGGAAGUAUGAUGCGGGAGUGGAUAUCUGGAGCGCAGCAUGUAUCUUUGCUGAGAUGUUGGAGGGAAAGCCUCUGUUUCCCGGGAGAGAUCAAGUUCAUCAGUUCUCCCUUAUUACAGGGCUUCUUGGUACCCCUCCCGACGAUGUAAUCGAGACUAUUUGCAGUGAAAAUACUUUACAAUUCGUCAAAUCCCUACCCCAGCGGGAGCGCCAACCCUUGGGCAAGAAGUUCAGAAAUGCCGACGCAGACGCUGUGGAUCUUCUUGAGCGAAUGCUUGUCUUUGCCCCGAAGGAGCGUAUUCGCGCCGAGCAGGCGCUUGCGCAUGAAUACCUUGCCCCAUACCACGAUCCGACUGAUGAGCCAGAGGCGGACAAGUUUGACUGGUCCUUUGAUGAUGCCGACUUGCCUGUGGAUACUUGGAAGGCCAUGAUGUAUUCGGAAAUUUUGGAUUUUCACAAUCUCUGA